UCAUUUGGGGACGGUGUAAAUAAUUUUUUUAAACGCGGCGUAAAAUUCCUCUAAUUGGCACUGGGACUGCUAGCCACAAAAAUCGUGCGUUCUUUAAUUAAAUAAAUGUUCACAACCCAAGCAUUUGUUUAAAAGCGCGCGCCUCACACACUGCCAGCGUGCAAAACCAUCAGCUGGGCAACUGCACCGCGGCCCCAAGAGCUGCGCCGCUGUCGCUGUCGCCGCCUCCACUACGAAAAAAGACUACACCAAAGGAACACAGACAUCGUGCUAUCAAUAAACAGUGUAAAUAAUUACGGGCUGCACCGGCAACAGCUUCAAUGGCGGGUCAAAAGUUUCAAUAUGAUGAAAGCGGCGGAACGUUUUACUAUUUUGUGUUAUCGUUCUUAGCGUUAAUCUUAAUACCAACAACAAUUUAUUAUUGGCCACGUAAAAAGAAAGAAGAUCCAUCGAAACUGAAAGAAGAAUGCCAAUGUGGCGAUUGUAUAAAAAAGAAAUUGAUAUUGGCCUAUGCCGAGCCAUAUCGAGCAGUCAAAUCUGUGGCCAUAAAAUUGACCAUUGUGUUGGGCUGGGCGCUGCUCUUGUUCCUCACCUACCGCGUCUCCCAAUUCGACUAUGAAAUGGCCAGCUUUGAUCCCUUCGAGAUAUUGAAUGUUCCACCUACAGCUACACAGGCCGAGAUUAAGAAGGCCUACUACAAGCUGUCUAAAGUACUGCAUCCCGACAAGGAGACUGGUGACGAGAAGUCGUUUAUGAUGCUGAGCAAGGCUUACCAGGCACUCACAGAUGACGUGGCCAAAGAGAAUUAUGAGAAAUAUGGAAAUCCAGAUGGGCCUGGUGCCAUGUCCUUUGGCAUUGCGUUACCCUCGUGGAUUGUAGAGAAGGAGAACUCUGUUUGGGUGCUAGGUCUUUACGGCUUGGUGUUCAUGGUGGCUCUGCCAUCCGUUGUGGGCGUUUGGUGGUACCGCUCCAUUCGCUUUAGUGGCGACAAAGUCCUGUUGGACACAACUCAAAUGUAUUUCUAUUUCAUACACAAAACGCCGCACAUGCUGCUUAAGCGUGCGUUAAUGGUGCUAGCCGCAAGUUUAGAAUUCGACAAGCGGCACAACUCACAGGUCGUCGAACGGCAGUCAGACAACGAUGAAGUGCCGGCGCUCAUACGGCAGCUUCCUAAUUUAAAUGAAAAAUGCAAGGAGCAUCCGCUUUGUCGCAUGUAUUCUCUCAAAGCACGCGCAAUUCUGCACGCCCAUCUCUCACGCAUUCCACUCAACCCAGAAACACUUGAACGGGAUCGCCAGUUCAUUGUGAAGAAGUGUCCAUAUUUGGUUCAGGAAAUGGUCUCAUGCGUACAUCAGCUGGUAAUGAUGGCCUAUGCGCGACGAGUGCCACGUCUUCCCAGCAUCGAGACCAUUGAAAAUUGCAUGAAAAUGUCACCUAUGAUCAUACAGGGUCUGUGGGAGUUCAAGUCGCCGCUGCUGCAACUGCCACAUCUUACCGAAGACCAUUUGUACUUUAUGAACAAGAAACGGCAUGUCAAGAAUUUGCAGCAAUUUGCGCAGCUCAAGCCUGAGGAGAGUCGAACUCUGCUCAAGAACCUCACAGAAUUUGAAUACGAGAACGUGAUGAAAGUGCUGGGGAAAAUGCCCUUGAUUGACUUCUCCAUUCGGUGUGAAGUGAUUGACGACGAGAACACAAAUGUGGUCACUGCCGGUGCCAUAGUCACUGUAACAGUGACUUUGGAACGUAAGGACAUGAAAACGCUUUUCGGCGACACAAAGGUUCCGGAAAAACAGGGCAUCAAGGACGAUACUAAUGAAGAGGCUGCUGUAGUCGAUGAAGAGGAAGCAGCUGCCGUAUCUGUAAAGAAAGCAUCCGCCUGGGCAAAGCCCCGCAAGGGCGGUAAGGGCAAGGGUGGUAAGAAGCCCGCAAACAAUCAAAAGAAGAAAGUGCAACCGAAUGCUAAGACAGUCGCCGCUGCAGCUUCCACCUCGGCAGCUACAGGCGAGGAUCAGUCGACCAAUCUCAACGCAGAAUCUGUUGCUGCCGAACAUAGUGAUGUAGACUCGGCCGCCGGAUCGGACAGCGAGGAUGAGGAAAAGCAAAAUAAAAAUAAUUCAUCACUGGACGAUGACGACGACGAAGAGUGGGAGCGUCUGCAGGAAAAGUUAAAUAAACGCGAAAGGCUCGAAGGCAAGUCACGUAUGUCGCAUUCGGUGCACUGUCCAUACUUCCCGGAGGAGAAACAGGAAUACUGGUGGACCUACAUAUGCGACCGGAAGUCACGCACACUACUCACGGCGCCCUAUCACGUAACAAAUCUGGUCGAGAAAGAAGAAAUUCAGUUGAAAUUUACGGCGCCCCGUUGGCCGGGUCUUUACACCUUUACGGUUUGCCUGCGAUCAGAUUCCUAUCUGGGAAUGGACCAGCAACAGGAGCUUAAAUUAGACGUACAAAAGGCUCCUGCACCCCCAACAGAUCAUCCACAAUGGGAUCUCAGCGAAUCAGAACCGGAGAACAAUGAUCAGCAGGAAAAUUUGAGUGACUACACUACGGACACCUCCGACGAAGAGGACAGCGAUUAGAAACCACCACCCAAGCAACCAACCAUUACCAUUUACAGCAGCAAUGACAAAUGACUUGAAUAAGAAAUGGUACGAGUGUACCUCGUAACUACGUCCUUGAGACGUCCCAACGUGUAGGCAUAGGCCUCCAACUGCUCCAUAGCGCCACCCGUGCGAGUGUGAAUGUCCACUUUUGGCAAAAAACAAGAACUUUUGUUUUCCUUUUUAUUAGUAAAUCAUUUAGUAAAUCACUUAGUAGCGAAAGUUUUCCAACUUGGUGAAGACAUUUUGCAUUUUUACUAGUUUUAUAAAACAAAAAAUUAAUAUAUAAAGCCCGGGCUAGCGCGUAAAUAAAUAAUAACUUCAUUUUACUGUGUACUGUACUACAAAUAAUGUACUAUAUAUUGUAUAUUUAAUUAAUUUGGAUACAAAAUAAAAGAGUGUGAAAAAAAUACAA